UUGAAACCAUUGAGAUUAAUCUAGUGAAUUAAUGUCAACUCUAUGACUGGUCUACCAUCUGAUUGUGUCAAACUUGAUUAACACUCUUACAACAAUAGAAUAAUCAUCACCCUGCUUUUUAAUCAACUCAACUUACAUCAGAGUGGUAAUUUAUCAACAUACAUGUAAUUGCCAUUAUUAUAAUGGAGAAAACCUGUUUCUAAUAUGGUCUCAUAUUUGGCUCGUCCCUUUCCUAAAAUGUUAGCUUGAAUUGAGAAAGCUUUCUUCAGGUAAAACCACACCAUAUUCAGAAAAAGGCGGACUCAAGGGGAGUGUGAUGAUUCUAUCAAUGACUCUAUCAUUGUCAGACUUUUCCCAGUGAAACGGUUAACUGAUCAGGCUAAUACUAUCUUCAGGUGAACCUUGUGAGCUUACAAAUUGUAAGUUUUUUAAAAUUAAAAUCAGCCGAUUGUUCUGUUAAGAGAGAGCUUUGAGUGAAAAACGUGUUCUUACAUCUGUAAUAACUCUCCAGAAUAUCUUCAGUGAAAUACUUGACUCCUUGGUUGGUUCGACGAAUUUAUAGCUGGUCUAUCAAAUAAUCACUUGUUUAAACAGUGAUUAUCUAACAUUUAAAUUAGUCAUCAAUUUUUGAUAUCAACGUUUAAAACAAUUGAUAUUCAAUCACCUGUCUAGUAAAAAGAGCUGCUGUUAACAUUGGUCAACCCAGUAGCGGCAAAUAUCUGAUGAUCCGGUGAUUACAAAAUUGUUAUGUGGAGAUUUAGUUAACCUGCCAAAAUUUGAAUUACAGUGGUGUUUUAUCAACUUAUUUGAUUCAUUGUAAUUUUUAAUCAACUUUUAACAUAAUUUAUCUUCACCUCUAUUGGUAAGUCCUUUUCAUUUGAUUGAUGUUUUCAUCCCUAAGCUGAAUAAACUGUCAGUUUAUUAAAAACUGUAUCCUCUUUGAGUUAGAUCUUCAGUUUAUUUUAAUUUUUGCUCCAUUAUUUUUAAAAUUGUGUGUGACAAUUAAAAACAUCUUCAAAUUGAAACCAAGCUUUGCCCAUUCCACAACUGGUUGGAUGAAAUCAUUUCCCAACCAUAGCCAGCUGAAUACAAUAAUCAAAUAAAAUGGACUCGCCAAUCAUUACUUCAGACCCUUACUUGUACCGGUCCAAUGCUGUAUCACCAAAUUACACUUUCGCAUUUCCCUUCGAGAAAUCAUUUGUUUAUACUGAUGCCCGGGACUGGAUGAGAGGCCAUUGGCAAACUGCUUUCUAUUGGAUUGCUCUUUAUUUAGUCAUGGUUUUUGGGGGUCAAGCAUACAUGUCCAACAGGCAACCUUUUAAAUUAAGACCGCUUCUUAUUCUUUGGAAUACUAGUUUGGCAAUUUUUUCAAUCCUUGGAACCAUCAGAAUGAUGCCAGAGAUGAUUCACAUUCUGAGAAACUUUGGCUUCUACCAUUCAGUCUGCAAUCCAAGUUAUAUUGAAGUCAGCCGAGUCGCCGGAUUUUGGACUUGGGCAUUUGCUCUCUCUAAGGUUCCCGAACUCUGUGAUACGCUUUUUAUCGUUUUUCGCAAACAGAAUCUCAUCUUUCUUCAUUGGUACCACCACAUUACAGUCCUAUUGUUCACCUGGUACUGUUACGCUGAGCACAUUUCACAGGCUCGUUGGUACAUUUGUAUGAACUAUGUGGUCCACUCAUUCAUGUACAGCUAUUAUGCUCUUCGAGCCUCUGGUUUCCGAGUACCAAAGCCAAUCGCAAUGUGUAUUACCAGUUCACAAAUACUUCAAAUGAUUAUGGGAUUCUAUGUAACCUACUAUGCCUACGAUAAAACUGCACAAGGUUAUCCUUGUACAGCUACUCCAGGCAGUAUUAAGUGGGGUUUACUCAUGUAUGCUAGUUACUUCGUGCUUUUUGCCAACUUUUUCAUCAAUUCAUACUACCGUAAAAACAAAGGUGUAUCUCAACGAGGAAUGAGCGAUGCAUCUUUUGUGAAUUUUGUUAACCAAAAAACCUUGACUAAAACCGAUUAAGCUUUUUUUAACGAUUAUUGAAAUAGCAACUUUAACAUUAACUUUAAUAUUUAAAACAAGAUACGAAUAAUGGUUGAAAAUUUGUUUAAUAAAAAAUAACCGUGGACAUGGCGGUAAACAUGACACUGA